AUGUCAAAUCCACACCAACUUCCGCCUCCAACCAGCGCAAAGCCGAAACGACGCUUCUUCGAUCCCUGGAACUCAUCUUCGACGGGUCACCGAAGAGCGGACAACAGCCUUGCCGGAAGUAUAAGCUGGCGCGAGUCGCGCAGCCUGAAACUCAGCAACCAGUUUGGAGGUGGGGCUUCUGGCGGUGCUCGAGUCGCAGAUACUGUUGGCGCAGGCAGUGAAGACUUUGGAAAAGAUGGCAGGCUAGAGAAUGGAGACUGGGCUAAAGGCGCAUCUGGUUUGAGAAAUAGAGGUCAGAUCAGUGUGGUAGAAGCCUUUCGGGUCAAAAAGGUUGGAGUCAAAGACGCCCCGAUCGAGAAGAAGAAGGCAAAGCUGGCACCCAGAGAGGUGGAGGAGCAAGUGCUGGAUCUUCUGGACAUACCGAGUGCUCAGCCUGUGCGGAAAGACUCAUCUCAGGAGCAAUCAUCGAGCUACGAGACCAAGCUUUUGCAAGAGCAAUCGAGUUCGCUUGAGCACGCAGAAGAGACGAAACAAGACCAGGAUACGGAAACACUACCCAUACCGAAAGCCCCCCAGAUCUUCGUGGGCACCUGCAUCUACAUCAAUGGCAGCACUUUCCCGACCAUCUCCGACCACAAGUUAAAGCAUCUCCUCGUCAGCCACGGCGCACGUCUUAGCAUCCAUCUCGGCCGACGCUCAGUCACCCACGUCAUCCUGGGUCGACCAAACGCUUCUACCAUCCCAGGUGCUGGUGGCGGUCUCUCGGCCUCGAAGAUGCAGAAAGAGAUAGCCAAGAUCGGUGGAAAGAAUGUAAAGUUUGUCACAGCUGAAUGGGUCAUGGAAAGUGUGGGAAACGGGAAGAGAGCGCCUGAACAAAGGUUUGAAGCGGUCAGAUUGGCCUUUAAAGGCACUGGUAGAGUUGGAGAGAUGUUUGCAAAGGCGGCGAAGAAAGGAUGA